AUGCACGAUGAGGAGGAAUCAUGGUGGACCGGGCUAGUCAUUAGUCCUAGGCUGACGCGCAAGGUCACGGUCCAUGGUCCUUUCGGGGAAGAGCCGCACUACGAUCAUGUUAUUUGUGGAUCACCGGACGGAGUUAAGCCUGCCACCAUGAAUCAGCUUCCGCAGAACCUCAUUCCAGACCCUGCGAGCCCCGAAUGGAUGAACAAAGGAGACAACGCAUGGCAGCUCACGGCGGCGACGCUGGUCGGCCUUCAAAGCGUACCUGGACUCGUAAUCCUCUACGGCAGCAUCGUCAAGAAGAAAUGGGCUGUGAACUCUGCUUUCAUGGCUCUCUACGCCUUCGCCGCCGUCCUCGUUUGCUGGGUCGGCUGGGGCUACCAAAUGGCCUUCGGCGAUAAAGGGAAAUUCCUUCCUUUUCUCGGAAAACCGGACGUCUCCUUGGAUCAAAAGGUUCUUCUGGAAAAAGCGUUUCUUGGGAUGUUGCCGACUGCGACGAUGGUCUUCUUUCAGUUCGUGUUUGCGGCGAUCACGUUGAUAUUGGUCGCCGGCGCAUUGCUCGGAAGGAUGAAUUUUAUUGCAUGGAUGUUGUUUGUGCCGCUUUGGCUUACGUUCUCUUACACUGUCAGUGCGUAUAGCAUAUGGUUUCCCAGUGGGUGGUUGUCGAAGAUGGGAAUAAUUGACUACUCCGGUGGAUAUGUCAUUCACUUGUCUUCAGGUGUCGCUGGUUUCACUGCGGCCUAUUGG